AGGCGCACCGAGCUCCAGGCCUCGUUUCAACUUCUGUUUGGCUGGUCCAGACUUUUCUUCCUCCUCGGCAAUCAUCCCCAGUCGAGGGGAGGAAGAAGUCCGUGUGGUUUUUUAUGUUUCGGUUGGAGAGGUAGAAAAGAAAGAAGGUGGGCUGGAGAGAUGGAAUGCGUUUGCUGGAAGAGGAGGAGUGUAUGACUGUGUAAUUAAAUGAAAAAAAAAAAAAUCGUGAGACUGAUUUGUCAGGAUCGAACCGACCGGAGGGUGUUGCUGGUAUUUGAUAUUAUAUCAAGUUUGAAAAGCAAACACCACGGGAUCAGAAAUUUGGCGCCUGCUAAUGAUCAUAUUGCACGUGUGAUCGAGUUUUAUUUUUUAAUUCGCCUCGUCAAAACUCGGGGUAUUCCUCGAUGGUAGUGGCGCUAUUUUCUGUUACUCAUUUCCCGAGAUUAACCGAAUCCUAACUGAUGCAUCCGGCUCGCGUGAAGUUCAUCUGGUUGGAUCUUCUGUUCGUCUGAGACGCAUAGGGAACAGGACGUAUAGGCGUAGAGCCUGUGGAUUUGCAAAGCUCCUUGGUGUUCCUGGAUAAGACGCUUCACUUGGUUUCUAAUAAAGAGAACUUCACAGAAGUUGCAGCUCACACAGCCGAGAAUGAACCGAUAAGAUCCAUUUACCUGAUCAUCCGGGGGACUUUUGGACCGAUCGAAGUAUCUUUUUUGGUCGAACAAGGUCAUGAUGUAUUCUCCGAUUUGUCUGACGCAGGAUGAGUUUCAUCCCUUCAUUGAGGCUCUUCUCCCUCACGUCCGUGCCAUCGCCUACACGUGGUUCAACCUGCAGGCUCGCAAGCGCAAGUACUUCAAGAAGCACGAGAAGCGGAUGUCCAAGGACGAGGAGCGUGCGGUCAAGGACGAACUCCUGGGCGAGAAGCCCGAGAUCAAACAGAAGUGGGCCUCGCGGCUGCUGGCCAAGCUCCGCAAGGACAUCCGGCAGGAGUACCGAGAGGACUUUGUGCUGAGCGUCACCGGCAAGAAGCAUCCGUGCUGUGUGCUCUCCAACCCUGACCAGAAGGGCAAGAUCCGCCGCAUCGACUGCCUGCGACAGGCCGACAAAGUGUGGCGUCUGGACCUGGUGAUGGUGAUCCUCUUCAAGGGCAUCCCUUUGGAAAGUACGGACGGCGAGAGGCUGGUCAAGUCCCCUCACUGCACCAACCCUGCACUUUGCGUCCAGCCCCACCACAUCACCGUGUCGGUCAAGGAGCUGGACUUGUUUCUCGCGUAUUAUGUCCAGGACCAAGACUCACAGCAGUCAGGAAGUCCCAGUAACAAUGAGCCAGGCAAGACUCCAGCGUAUUUGGAGGACAGUUUCAUCAAGUCGGGCGUCUUCAGUGUUUCUGAGCUGGUGCGCGUCUCCAGAACUCCCAUUACACAGGGGACCGGCGUGAACUUCUCCAUGGCCGACAUGCCUAGUCAGCCGUACUACCACGACCUGAACUCCAGUGUGGGACACCAUCGCUCUCUGUCCUCACCACCCGGCAGUAAACGGCCCAAGACGGCGAUCUCCAUUGAGGACAGUAUGGAGACCAGCCCCACUGGACCGGACUUCUACUCCUCCCCCAGCUCGCCAGCCAGUGGGAGCCGGGCGUGGCACGAGAGAGACCAAGCAAACAAGCGGGGCUCUCGCGAGUCGUUAUCUGGCGGCUGGGAAUCGCAGCGAGCUGUGGGCUGGGACGAUGACUCAGGCUGUGGAGGAUCCGAGCCUGUGGGAGAGAGAGGGGCUUCACGGCCCCCGCUGGGCCCAGGAGGAGGGCUCUAUCGCUGGGCAGACAUGGCCUCCCCCACCAUGAAGAAGCCGGAGAAGCCUCUCUUCAGCCCCCAGUCCCCCCAGGACUCUUCUCCCAGACUCACCAGCUUCCCUCAGCACCACCACCCAGGACUGGGUCACAGUGUGAUAUCGACGAGGAGUCCGCCCCCCCACUCCCCGCUGCAGUUUUCGGCCUCCUCCAUCUUGCCCCCGGCCCCCUCGCCCUACUUCUCCCACCCCACCAUCCGAUACCCCCCCCAUCUCAACCCCCCCGACUCCCUCAAGAACUUCGUGCCACCUUACGACCCGUCCAGCCCACAGAGCAGCCAGCCUAACAGCAGUGGUCAGGUGGUAGGGAAAGGCCACUUCACCCCAGUUCUGGCCCCCUCCCCCCACCACGGCGCUGUGAGACCAGUCACUCUCUCCAUGCCCGACACCAAGCCCAUCACCACCUCUGCCGAAGCCUUCUCGGCACCAGGCACCCCGACAGCGAACCGUUUUGUUGGCCUCAGCCCCAGAGACCCAGCCUUCCUGCACCAGCAACAGCUGAGGAUUUGUGACUGGACCAUGAAUCAGAACAGCAGGCCUUAUGGUCCCAGUGCUUCUGAGGACUUGGGGAUUGCUUGGCAAAGCAGUCCUGGUACCUGGGCGAGCUUAGUUCCAUUCCAAGUGUCGAACGGGACUCCGAUUCUGCCAACAAAUGUCCAGAACUACAGCAUAAACCUCACUGGUGAGGCCCUCCUCCAGGCUGAGACAGGCAAUUGAGAGGGCCAAUCAGGGCCCGGACCCGGGAUGAUUGACAGGUCCGUGGACAAACCAGCAAGCAGCACUUAUACAAUCUCUACUGGCCUUUGGCCCCGCCUUCCCCAGGGGCCAUUGGCCAAGAACAGAUGAGUGGGCGGGGCUGAGCCUUCUCUUCGUGGUCCCAUUGGCCAGCCAGUCUUUGUGUGAGGACGUUCCUUGGAUGUUUUUUGAAAAUACUGUGACGUUCCCCCAUCCCCUUACAAAACUUUAGAUGCCUUAAUGUUUGCAUGACAUGCUAGUCUCUCUCUCUAUCUCUCUUAGUAUCUCUCUAUCUAUCUAUCAAUCUCUAUCUCCGUUUUUAUUUUAUUUUUUUACGUGACAGUCUCUAGUCUUGGUUUACGGAGCAGGUGUAGGGGUUAAGUCUCACACUGACUGUCUGGCUGGUUGGGGGGGGGGGGGGGGGUCGGAUCAUGAGCGAAGACCCAGCGAAGUCGCCCUCCUCCUGGGGAAGGUCACCAGCCCAUCCAUUCACUGCAGAGGCAUAGGAACACUUCUUUUGUGAACUUUGAAUGUUUUUUUUUUGUUUUUCUUUCUUUUUUUUCUUUUCUUUUUCUGUAGAAAUUUCAUAUUACCAUGAUGCAGAUAUGUUGUUCCAAAACCUGUACUCUUGCUGGUCCUGUACUUACGUUUUAUUUUCAACGAUUGCUUGUACAUUACAGAGUUUUAAACUCUAACUGAAACAGUUAAAAAAACAAGAAACCUAUAUUAUUAGGUUAGGUGAAUGACCCCUUUUUGAACAAUUCAGAUAUCUCCUUUAAAAAGGAUCAAAAACGAAAAAGACAAAAAAGAAAUGAUCUCAUAAGAGGCAAGUGCAAUUGAAUGAUCUUACUGAAGGGAAGCUAUCAUAGUCUAUGCCCUGGGACUCUAAAGGAAGGGGAAUACGUGAUUGUUUUUUCUAGGAAACAUUAAAAGAAAAAACUGUUUUAAGUUGCAUCCUCGAUUCUGAAAAUGGGGGAACAAAAUUGAACGCGAGUCACAUCCGAUUUGGUCUGGGCGUGUGGCAGGUGCAGAAGUCAUUAUGGGAUGCAGAGCACUCAGAGAGAACCCUAGCAAGGGCUAGCGCCAGUUUCAACACUAUUUAUUUAGAAAAAGAAAACAACAAAAGAAAAGAAAAGAAAAGGAAGAAAACAAAACAAAACUAAAUAAGCAGACAUAAGAAAAGUGUGAAACGAAAACACACAUUGUGUAUAAAAAUGGCUUGCGAUGACACACCGUCAUCAUCCGCGCAAUCAUGAGUCUUUUGGCCGUGGGCUUAAGAAGCUACUGUUUACAGAGAGAAAAAUUCAAAAUUGCCGCAGCUCGGAGAAAAAAAGAAAAAAAGAAAAAAACAAUGGAAAGACAAGCAGUAAAACACAGGCUAUCGAGCUCAUUUAAGAAACGCCUUGUGUGCGUAUGCGAGUGUGUGUGUGCAUUUCUUUGCAUAUGUGUACGCACGCGUGCGUGUGUGUGUGUGUGUGUGUGUGUGUGUAUUAUGAGUACUCCUGCAAUUAUCCAGCCCCUGUCGAGAUGGGAGUGAGUUGGCUGCAUGCUAGCCCAGAUCAUCUCUCUCUCUCUCUCUCUGUCUCUCUCUCUCUCUCUCUCUGUCUCUGUCUCUCUCUCUCUCUCUCUGUCUCUGUCUCUCCCUCUCCCUCUCCCUCUCUCUCUCUCUCAUUAACGAAAGAAGUAAAUAAGCGAACACACAGCGGUGCAUGGCAGGUCUCGCUUGCCUCUGCCUCUCCAAUCCAGAUAUAUUUAUAUAACUAAUCUUUCCAAUAAUCUUAAUUUGCACGAAAAUAUAUAGUCCACAUUACGUGCCUUGCCUUUGAAUAUAGAGAUGACAUCCCUAGACAGUUGGCAGACCCUGGGGCAGGUCUGGGCAGAGUGAGAGCCAGGUCCCAGCCAGAACCCAGCCGGAUCUGUCGCAGAGUCUGUCGGUAUCUGGGUCACUACACUUGUUUUUUGCUGCAUUUAUUACCAUUUUAGACAAAAAAAGAAAAAAUUAACAUUUUUACGAUAAGAAAUAUUUUGUACUCUGGAUGAAAUUGUGACAUUGUUGAUUUUUAACUUCAUUUACUAUAUAUCACAUUUACAGUGCAUAUCAAGGCUGUGUAUAGUUGCCGUUCUAAAAAUGUAUAAUCAACCAGCAUUAUUUUUUUCAGUAUUUCCUGUGUUUUUUGUUUUCUAAUAACCCUUCAUUUUUACGUUUAUUUUAAAUAGUUUUUUUGUUCAUUUCUUUUUAUUUUUUAUCUUCCAGUUAUUAUUGGGGAGGGAGGGGGGGCAGUCAGAUUUAUUGAAAAAAUUAUGCAAUACCAAGUUUUGCCUAUGUAGGUAGUGCUUAUAGCUAUGUGGAUUAUUAGAAGCUAGUGUGGAGAUAGACAAUAUUGUAAUACAUUUAUUUUGUUGACGUUGAUGUUGUCAUUGUUGUUGUUGUUAUUGUUGUUGUUGCUAUUGUUGUUGUUGUUUUUCCUCUUUUUUUUUUCUUUUUUUUAUUGACCAAAGUGGGAACUGCUUUCUAUGCAGUAUUAUGGUCUGUUUUUAGUAUACUGAAAGGGGGAAAGAAGUGAGUAAGAGUUGUUUUGUUUUGUAUCGGUGCUGAGGGGAGGAAUUGCUCUUUUGGUUGUUCGUUUGUUUGUUUCUACAUUUGCAGUGCGGCUGUUAAGAAAAGCUCCCUUGGUCUAAUAUGGCUGCAAAGUCACUGAUCUGUCUACUGUGACGACGAUGUUUGAAAAAAAAAAAAAAAAACUGGCUCCUGAUUCAAACAAUUUCACCCGGGGUGCUAGCUCCCGACCGGGACCACUCACGUCCACGGGAGAGAAGGCUUGACUUGAGAGAGACAAUCAUUACGGAGAGACAUCAGAGUAGAGCAGCGAGCAGCAAAGACCCUCUACACUACCUGUAGAAAGCACCGGAAUUAACAAACAAGGCAAUGCAGGAUAGGUCACCAAUCACACGGCCGCAAUCUUAGACACGGUAAUAAGACAGUUCGUCACAGAUGGUGAUGGGUAUUUGAUUGUCUUCGGUAAAGCUAGUUGAGGUAAAAAUCAGUGUUGGUCACUCGAGGUGGUUCGCUCGUAAGUCAGUAACCAGCCUCUGCUCGAACCCUGGCCUCUGUGUCACCAAUGUGUCUUCAAAAAGGUGUGAACACUAUCCUUAACUUAUGAUAUCGUAUCUGCAUAUUGUAAGUACUUAUAUGCAAAUCCCAAGUAGAUGCCUUAAAAAUAUACAACUACGAAGUGACUUGUUAUGAAUGCGCUACAAUCACCCUUACGCACUUAUGAGUGUGUGAGACUUGUCACAAUCAGCUUGACAGAGGCUAUCCUUUAAACUCACCCCCCCCCCCCCCCCCCCCCAAACCCCAGCAGCGACACUCCCCAUUGCAAACAUCAAACCCAUUUUGCACUGCAGAUGGCAGUUAGGACGAGGUUACACGACUCUUAAGGAAGAGCUAUGAUUUCAGUGUUGGUCUUCGAUUUUUUUUAUAACGUAUUUCUUUUUGAGAUAAGCUAUGGUCCUCAGGGAUAGGGGUGACUGAGCUCAUCCCUUCGGCCUGGGGGACCUCGGUAACUCGAACAAAAGCAGAGAGCAAGCAGGCGAUCGUCUUCCCCCAUCGUCCUUCUGAAUAUGCAUCAAAAAGUCAGAAACGAACAACAGUGAAAGAAAAUAAACAGAAAAAGAACAAAGCUUCGAUGUCAUCAUUUCCCAGGUCAGUCAUGAUCAGUUAAAUCAUGAAGCUUCAUAAUAAUCACAAUCAGUCGCAGAGAUAGGAAACGUAAAAUGCACUUAAUCCUGUUCACUGUACCUCUGUGGCACUGUCCCAGAGAAGCCUAAUAAAAACCUUAAAAAUAAUAAAUAAAAAAUAAUAAAUAAGAAACAACAACUCAAGUCAAGCCUGUCUUCUCCUCCUUCAACCUAAUGUUUAUUCUGAUUUUAUUAAACAAAAAGAAAAAAAAAAAAAAACAGAAGCCACCCCGUCAUAUGUGCACUGUUCUGUGUUUAUUUUAAAUUUUCGAUUGUCUUUUUGGGGCGAUUUUGUUUUCUCGAGAGAAGUAAGUGCUUUGCAGCCUUUUGGCCCCUGGAGAAGCCACUGAAGUGCAUUUUCCUCUGGGGUGACUGGGGUGUCAGGGUCAUUGGUCGGUGUGUGUGUUGUGUCUGUGUGUGUGUGUGUGUGUGUGUUCUCUGUGUGUGUGUGUGUGUGUACUGGCAGCGAAGGGGACGGCAAGAAGAAAUGGCGUGCACUCUGGCAAAGGUAACAGCAAUAGUUCUUUAUUUCUAGUUUAUUUCUGCUCCAGUUGUGUGUGUGUGUGUGUGUGUGUGUGUGUGUGUGUGUGUGUGUGUGUGUGUGUGUGUGUGUGUGUGUGUGUGUGUGUGUGUGAAAGAGACAGAGAAAGAGAAAGAGAGAGAGAGAAAGAUGACAAAAUGGCUCUGACACUAUUCGAUGAGGGUCUCUUUUUGAAAAGCCUGCCUUGUAGACAGAAGUUUGUACACUGUAAGAUGUUUCAGUUGUUUGUGUUCCUCUCUUCCUCACUCUGACACCCUCAUUUGUAAAGGAUAAAUCAUCCUUUAGAUAUUUGACAGGAUAUGAUUGAACUCCCUUUUUCUGGAAAGAAAAAAAAUAAACAAGCAACAAAACACUUGUGGAUAUCUGGACUUGAGUUAGAACUCUCCAGGAUUCCGUAAAAAAAAAACAAUUAGUAUUAACUAAUUGUUAUUAAAUAAUUAUUUUUUAUUUCAUAUUCCUGUGCUUAAAAUGUUUGGGGAAAUCCCUGUAUGGAACUGUAAAUGUUUAAAACAAAAUGAUGAAGGUCUUUUUGUUGUGUUUAGUGUUGAUUAACUUGGAAUUUUUGGAAACAUUUCAUAAAUGUUUUGGAGUGUAGUUUUUUUGUUAGCGUGCCCGUAGAGAGAGUGUUAUGUGAUUAUAACGUGGUAUUUGACAUGGGAAGAAAAAAAAAGAUAAUAAAUUGAUGUUGAGUAGG